AUGAUCGCCACGGGUGUGUGUGGCGUGCUCGUGGUGCUGAUGCUUGUGAUCCUGAUCCCGGUCAUGGUCAACUCCGCCGGGACGCAAGCCCGCUACGAGAUGCUCGGAGCGUGUCAGAUGGUGUGCGAUGCCCAGGGGACCACCACGGCCAGGGCGAAAACCACGGCGGUCAAAGAUAACCGACUGAUUCAGUCACAGUUACCGACCUUCAUCCAAGGUCCGCCAGGACCGCCAGGAGAGCCAGGGCGCAUCGGUCGAAUGGGUCCGAGGGGCCAAAUUGGCCCACCCGGACCUAUUGGCCCCCCGGGGGAGAGAGGGGAGGCAGGACCCCCUGGGUUAGCCGGGUCAGGAGGAUACAACGGACCCACGGGGGGCAUCAGCGCAGCCACGUACAACACCGUCCCCAAGAUCGCCUUUUACGCAGCUCUGAAGAAACAACACGAAGGCUACGAAGUGCUGAAAUUUGACGACGUGGUCACGAAUCUUGGAAAUCACUACGACCCAUCCACGGGGAAAUUCACGUGUUCGAUACCGGGGAUUUAUUUCUUUGUUUACCACGUGUUGAUGCGCGGAGGAGACGGCACCAGCAUGUGGGCUGACCUGGUCAAGAACAACCGGGUGCGGGCCAGCGCCAUAGCGCAGGACGCCGACCAGAACUACGACUACGCCAGCAACAGCGCCGUGCUGCACCUGGAGCCUGGCGACGAGGUGUACGUCAAGCUGGACGGCGGCAAGGCGCACGGCGGGAACAACAACAAGUACAGCACCUACUCCGGCUUCAUGGUGUACGCCGACUGACGUGGCUAAACGGCUCCCGCGGCCAAACACACCGGGAUCACGGAUUGAUCAUUGACUUGACUUUUGACCGGAUAGUGUAAUUACUGAUGAAGAGAUGAAUGAUAAACAUGUGACUAUUCUUCUAUACCUUGGAUGUUAUCGAAUGGCAGCCUUGGCUGUGCAUAUGGGAAGGAUUCUUAGGAGUUUAGGAGUCCUGCUACAUUCGCUUUAAGUGAUAUUUUACUCUUAUGUCGAAGUGGUUUUUACUAUGGGUUUAUUGCAACUUUAUUAUGGCAUACCAUCAGUCCUUUCAUUGUCAGUGGAUUGACACGCUGAACUGACAGGCAGUGGUGAUAAAACUAAAUGUGACAAGAGAAAAUCGAAAACACAUAGUUAUAUUUCACUGUUAAAAGGAAGUCAACUAAAUAGUUAAGGGUUGUUAAGAUUAGAAACUGAAGGAUGUUACCAGCUCAAAUUAGGAAAUGGCUCCAUCCUGGGUGAAGAUGGUAGGAACAUGUAGCAAUGUGUAUGGUCAUCAUACAUGAGCCAGGGGCGAGGGUAAAGAUAGGCCUACUUCCAGGAACAGGGGUUUUGCGCCCGAGCUGCU